AUGAGGAUCUCUUUACGUCUCCUCGUAUACACUUUCUUCCUUUGUGCUCUGGUCCUGGCUACGGACAAUGGCUUGACUACCCAAGUCACCUGGGACCCUUAUAGUCUCAUGGUGAAUGGAGAGCGACUGUUCGUCUUCUCGGGAGAGUUCGCCUAUGAACGUGUGCCUGUACCAGAGAUGUGGUCAGACAUCUUCCAGAAGUUCAAGGCCAAUGGUUUCAAUGCUGUCAGCAUGUAUUUCUUUUGGUCUUAUCACUCUGCUUCUCGCGAUAUCUUUGAUCUUGAGACCUCGGGAAAAAAUGUUCAAGCUGUUCUUGAUGCUGCUGCUGAAGCGGGUCUAUAUAUAGCUAAGGGGGUUCCCUGCAGCGUGAUAGCAAGAAACGGACCGUAUAGCAACGCGGAGACCAACGCUGGUGGACUUGCGCUUUGGACUUCAGAUGGCUCAGGUGGCAACUAUCGAACAUCCGAUCAGGUCUAUCAGGACGCUUGGGCUCCCUGGAUCAAGGCACUAAACAAGAUUCUGGUGAGGAACCAAAUUACGGAAGGUGGACCUAUCAUACUCUAUCAAGUGGAGAACGAGCUGCAGGAGACUGUCCACAAGGCUGAUAAUACACUUGUACUCUACAUGGAGCAACUCGAGAAAGUUGCCGUCGACUCUGGAAUUGUCGUUCCUCUGACUCACAAUGAGAAAGGCCAGAGAGGUCAAAGUUGGUCAACCGACUAUCAAGACGUGGGAGGCUCGGUCAACAUCUAUGGUUUGGACAGCUAUCCAGGUGGUCUAUCAUGCACGAACAUCAACUCGGGGUUCAACCUAGUCCGCAAUUACUACCAAUGGUUCCAGAACUAUUCCUACACCCAACCCGAGUACUGGCCCGAGUUUGAGUCCGGAUUUUACCAGCCAUGGGGAGGCUUUUGGUACGAUGAGUGCCUUGCAGAACACGACCCUGCAUUCGCUGAUGUUUAUUACAAGAACAACAUUGCCCAAAGGGGCACGCUUUUAAGCCUGUACAUGGCCAUGGGAGCCACAAAUUGGGGCAAUCUGGCGGCACCCGUGGUCUAUACGUCUUACGAUUAUUCAGCACCUCUACGAGAGACACGCGAAAUUCAGCUCAAGUUUUCUCAAACAAAACUUAUUGCGCUCUUCACAAGAGUGUCGCAGGACCUACUCUACACCGAGAUGGAAAGCAAUGGUACUGGGAAUGCUGUUUCGACUCAGGAUAUCUGGACAUGGGUCCUAAGAAAUCCAAACACUACUACAGGGUUUUAUACGACACAACACGCAAAGUCAAGCUCUAGAGCUGUGACAGACUUCUCCAUUAACCUUCAGACAUCACUGGGUCCUAUCACUGUACCAGAUGUUCAGUUGAACGGCCGUCAGAGCAAGAUUGUUGUCACGGAUUACCACUUUGGCAAGAACACCUUACUCUAUUCGUCCGUUGAUAUCCUCACCUACGGACUGUUUGGCUCGAAAGCCGUUCUCGUCCUGUAUCUUGAGCAAGACCAAGUUGGCGAGUUCGCCUUCUCUGGCAAUGUUUCGAUCAAGUCUUAUGGUAACACGAACGUUACGACAUCUCGCGUUAAGACCAACGGAACUGCGUCCUAUACCAAGCUGGUCUACAAGCAAACAGCAGGCAAGACUGCCUUACAACUAUCCAACGGUGUCUUGAUGUAUCUUCUCGAGGUCACUACAGCCUGGAAAUUUUGGGCUCCUCCAACCACGUCCGACCCCAACGUUGCUCCGAACGAGCAAAUAUUCGCCAUCGGACCCUAUCUCGUUCGCAAUGCCAGCGUCAGUAGCAACGUUGUUUCCAUAUCUGGUGACAACACCAACUCCACCACUCUUGAAGUCUAUGUUGGUGAUGCGAGCGUGGAUACAAUCGUAUGGAAUGGCGAAAAGCUUCCCACCAAGCAAACAGCAUAUGGUGCUCUCACAGCUGACCUUGCUUCGAUUGUGGACCGCAAAAUCACUAUACCAACACUCUCUGGAUGGAAAGUAGCUGAUUCACUACCAGAAGCCGCCAGAGAUUACGAUGAUUCUGCUUGGACCGUAUGCAAUAAGACCACUACCCGUGCUCCGGUCAAGCCACUGUCACUUCCUGUCCUAUACAGCUCCGAUUACGGUUACUACUCCGGUAACAAGGUAUACCGUGGUUACUUUGACGGGAAGAAUGCGGCAUCGGCCAAUGUGACUGCCCAAGGUGGCUCAGCAGCAGGUUGGAGCGCUUGGCUCAAUGGCAAACUCGUUGGCGGUGCUCCUGGAAAUGCUUCAUUACUUUCGACAACUGCUGUGCUUGAUUUUUCGAAAGCGACACUCUACGACAAGGACAAUGUACUCACUGUCGUGACAGAUUACACUGGCCAUGACCAGACGUCUACUGGUAAAGGUGCUGCGAAUCCUCGUGGUCUCUUGGGUGUAACCCUCAAAGGCUCUAGCAACGGUACUGCUACAUUCAAGCAGUGGAAGAUUCAGGGUAACGCUGGUGGCUCGGCAAACAUCGAUCCCGUCAGAGGUCCCCUCAACGAAGGCGGACUGUACGGUGAACGUCUUGGAUGGCAUCUCCCUGGUUUCUCUCCCUCGGGCACUGAAUGGUCCACUGGCUCUCCUGCUCAAGGGCUCAACUCGAGCGGCAUCAAUUGGUACGUGACAACAUUCGACCUCGAUAUCGAUUCAGACCUCGACGUUCCCAUCGGCCUUGAACUAUCGGCCCCCGCGGGUACUGUUGCCAGCAUCCAAAUCUAUUUAAAUGGGUACCAAUACGGAAAGUUCAUACCACACAUCGGACCCCAGACGCGCUUCCCGUUCCCACCCGGAGUCAUCAACAACCAAGGAAAGAACACUCUUGCUCUUAGUGUCUGGGCAGAGACGGACGCAGGUGCCAAACUCGACACUGUUUCGUUGUUCGCAUAUAAUGUCUACCAGACAUCCUUUAACUUUGCACAGGAUUUCAGCUAUCUGCAGCCGGAGUGGACGAGCAAGAGAUUGCAAUAUGCAUGA